AUGAUCAGGGGAUAUCUCCUGCUGUUAUCAUCCCUCUUUUUCUCUGGUGUGAGCGCUGAGGAAAUCUUCCAGCCAACCCUGGUACUGGACAUGGCCAAGAUUCUUCUGGAUAAUUAUUGUUUCCCUGAGAACCUGAUGGGGAUGCAAGAAGCCAUUGAACAAGCCAUCAAGAGUGGAGAGAUCCUGGAUAUCUCUGAUCCUAAAAUGUUGGCCAGUGUCUUGACAGCUGGUGUGCAAGGCGCCUUAAAUGACCCAAGACUUGUGAUCUCCUAUGAACCAUUGGCUCCUACAGCUCCCAAGCAAGAACCUGAGGCUUUCCCCACUCAUGAGCAGCUCCUGAAUCUUAUCCAGCAUGUGGUCAAGUAUGAGCAGCUGGGGGGCAAUGUGGGCUACCUGAGAAUUGACUAUAUUAUUGGCCAGGAUGUUGUACAGAGGAUUGGGAGCUUUCUGGUGGAAAAGGUAUGGAAGACACUGAUGGGAACAUCUGCUCUAGUGCUAGACCUGCGUCAUAGCACAGGGGGACAGAUCUCUGGCAUUCCCUUUGUCAUCUCCUAUCUCUAUGAAGCUGACAAGGUGCUGCAUGUGGAUACUGUAUACAACCGACCCUCUAACACCACUACAGAGAUAUGGACACUGCCCAAGGUGCUAGGUGACAGGUACAGCAUGGAAAAGGAUGUUAUUGUGCUGAUCAGCCAGCAUACCACUGGAGUGGCUGAAGAUGUGGCUUACAUCCUCAAGCACAUGCACAGAGCCAUCACUGUGGGGGAGAAGACUGCUGGGGGCUCUUUGAACAUCCAGAAACUGCGCAUUGGUCCUUCUGAUUUCUACAUGACAGUACCUGUGUCACGGUCUGUGAGCCCCCUGAGUGGGGGUGGGCAGAGCUGGGAGGUCAGUGGGGUGAUGCCACGUGUGACCACUCAAGCAGAGCACGCCCUUCAGAAAGCCCUGGCCAUCCUGUCGGUGCGCAGAGCAGUACCUGGAACCAUCAGCCACCUCAUGGACAUAUUACAGGACUAUUACACCCUUGUGGAGCGGGUGCCUGCACUGCUGCAGCACCUCACUGCCUUUGACUUCUCCUCCAUCCUGUCUGCAGAGGACCUUGCUGCCAAGCUCAAUGCUGAGAUGCAGGCUGUGUCUGAGGACCCCCGCCUCCUUCUCCGAGUCACCACACCAGAUGAAGCUGCUAUCUCCCCACUGGAGGAGAAAAUCCCAGUGGCUACCAGCCUAUCCAACAAUGAGCAGCUGCUGCAUGUCCUGGUGGACACAUUGUUCAAGGUAUCUGUAUUUCCAGGCAACGUGGGCUACUUGCGCUUUGAUGAGUUUGCUGAUGCUUCAGUGCUAGCUAAGGUGCGGCCUUAUUUCAGGCAGAAAGUAUGGGAGCCCCUCCAAGCCACUGAGAACCUGAUUGUAGACCUACGCUAUAACCCUGGGGGCCCAUCCUCAUCUGCUGUGCCCCUGCUGCUCUCCUAUUUCCAGGACCCUGCUGCUGGCCCUGUUCACCUCUUCACUACCUAUGAUAGACGCACCAACCACACACAGGAACACAAUAGCCAGGCAGAACUUCUGGGGCAGCCCUACGGGGCCCACCGUGGCAUCUACCUGCUCAUCAGCCAUCGUACCGCCACAGCAGCUGAAGAGUUUGCUUACCUCAUGCAGUCCUUGGACCGUGCUACUCUGAUUGGUGAGAUCACAGCAGGGAGACUGUCACACACUUGUACCUUCCCACUGCUGCAGCCUACGGGAGACAUCACCUAUGGCCUCAGCAUCACAGUUCCUGUCAUCACCUUCAUUGACAACCAUGGAGAGAGCUGGAUGGGUGGAGGUGUGGUGCCUGAUGCCAUUGUACUGGCUGAGGAGGCACUAGAGAAGGCUGAGGAGGUUCUGGCUUUCCACCAGGGCAUGGGAACACUUAUAGAGGGAACCGGUCAGCUCCUAGAGGCACACUAUGCCAUUCCAGAGGUGGCUGGGAGGGCCAGUGCCAUGCUAAGCACCAACAGGGCCCAAGGUGGUUAUCGCUCUGCUGUGGAUUUUGAGACUUUGGCUUCCCAGCUUACCACUGACUUGCAGGAAGCCUCAGGGGACCACCGACUUCAUGUCUUCUACAGCCAGGUGGAGCCAGCCCCAGAGGAACAGCCCCCCAAUAAUAUCCCAAGCCCUGAGGAGCUGGGCUACAUCAUUGAGGCCCUUUUCAAAGUUGAUGUGUUGCCAGGCAACUUGGGCUACCUACGCUUUGACAUGAUGGCUGAGGCAGAGACAGUCAAAGCCAUUGGACCACAGCUGGUGCAGAUGGUGUGGAACAAGUUGGUGGAUACCAAUGCCAUGAUCAUUGACAUGAGGUACAACGCAGGCGGCUAUUCCACAGCUGUGCCCAUCUUCUGCUCCUACUUCUUUGAGCCUGAGCCCCGGCAACACCUCUACACUGUCUUUGACCGCAGCACCUCUCAUAGCACUGAGGUAUGGACCCUCCCCCAGGUUACUGGCAAGAGGUACGGCUCCCUCAAAGACAUCUAUAUCCUGACUAGCCAUAUGAGUGGCUCAGCAGCUGAAGCAUUUACCCGUUCCAUGAAAGAUCUGCACCGAGCCACUGUCAUAGGUGAGCCCACAGUGGGCGGUUCACUUUCUGUGGGCAUUUACCAAGUUAGCAACAGCUCACUAUAUGCCUCCAUCCCCAACCAGGUGGUGCUCAGCCCAGUCACUGGCAAAGUGUGGAGUGUAUCUGGGGUGGAGCCGCAUAUCACUGUUCAGGCAAAUGAAGCCAUGAUGGUUGCCCAGCAAAUUGCCACCUUGCGGGCCAAGGUCCCCAGUGUGCUGCAGACAGUGGGGAAGCUGGUGGCUGAUAAUUAUGCCUUUGCAGACAUUGGGACCAAUGUGGCAACAAGGCUCACUAACUUCAUUAACAAGGACGCCUACAAAAUGAUUAACUCUGAAGAGGAGCUGGCCCAGAAGGUAGAUGCUGAUCUGCAAGCUCUCUCUGGAGAUGUGCACCUCAAAAUAGCCCACAUCCCAGAGCACUCCAAGGACAGUAUCCCAGGGAUUGUGCCAAUGCAGAUCCCACCUCCAGAAGUAUUUGAAGAUCUAAUUAACUUUUCAUUCCACACCAAUGUCUUUGAAAACAACAUUGGCUAUUUGAGAUUUGAUAUGUUUGGAGAUUGUGAACUUCUAACCCAGGUGUCUGAGCUGCUGGUGAAGCAUGUUUGGAAGAAGAUUGUUCACACAGAUGCAUUAAUCAUAGACAUGAGAUACAAUAUUGGAGGCCCCAUCAACUCCAUACCAGGCCUGUGCUCUUACUUCUUUGAUGAGGGGCACCGAGUUCUUCUGGACAAGGUUUACAACAGACCCACUGACUCAAUAAAUGAGAUCUGGACCCAGUCACAGCUCACAGGUGAGAGAUAUGGCUCACAAAAGGGUUUGGUAAUCAUCACUAGUGCUGUGACUAUUGGGGCUGCAGAGGAGUUUGUGCAUAUCAUGAAAAGACUGGGCAGAGCUUAUAUCAUUGGAGAAAUGACAAGUGGUGGGUGCCAUCCCCCCCAGACAUAUCAUGUGGAUGACACCAACCUCUACAUCACCAUCCCCACCUCUAGAUCAGUCAUCUCCGCUGAUGGCAUCUCUUGGGAGGGAAGAGGGGUGCCUCCACACAUGGAGGUACCAGCAGAAAUAGCGCUUAUCAAAGCAAAGGAAAUGCUUAAAACUCACCUACACAGCUCCAGAUAGACUGGUUGGUGCAGAGAGCAUCCAGUAUGAGAGAACUAGAUUGCAACUUUCUAAGAAGCCUGAGAGAAUUAGACACCCA